GGCAGAUGCGCAGGUGCGGUCUUUAAAGAGACCGCGCGUUUGAGUUCAUGAGUUUCCAUUGUUUACCUAAUUGCUAAUCAGAGAAGGAUUUUACCUAGUGUGACUUAUAUUAUGUUCAUAAUCUAUGUGUAAAACAUGAUGGACAGAUGUGGGCGAUGAUAGUGUGCCAUGACAGGAAAUCAUUAGAGGUUUUAAAGGCUACCCUAAAAUAGUGUCCCUUUCAGAAUGAAACAUCUUUAAUUCUACAAUUUUUAAGGAUUUUAAUGAUCCUGUACUUUUUCCUGUGGUAAGUAUUACAAUGUUCUUAAACGAAUGUAAUGUAGCAUAGUCCUGAAACUAUCUCAAUUUACAGUUGUAGGCUAUGUAAUCUGGAAUAAAGACAUUAGGCCAACAUAACGACAGCGCUUGGAGACGAAACGUAUCACCUUGUCCCUUAAUAAAUCCGACACGGGCCUCCUGCGGACUAUCUUCUCAAAAAACCUGACAGUAACGCCCUGUACCUCAGACUGGCGGGCGUGCCAGAGAUGCACUGACCGGUUUAGAUAACGCUACUGCGUGCUAUUGAGCUACUGCAGCACGCCAUACAGAGGAUGUGGAGAAACGACCGUGUAGGAAACCAAUCUAUCACUGGGAAUACGUGUGAGUAGCCUGCUAGAUGUCCAGGACGUUAUAUUCAUCAAAGGACCACGACUGUCAGAAAUCGAACUCCUUACUGACUCGCGCGGAUGCAGCAUUUGAGAAUAAUUCAACUCAGUAAUCACGGUUUGUAGCUGAGGAUACAGUGCCGGAGGGAUUUUAAGUUGCUGUUUUGAUGCGGGACGAUGUACCGUGCACCAAGAGAUAUUCUGGAGGAGAACUCGGUUUCCUCCAUCACAUCCGAAACGAUCCGAUAGACACCGGCGCACAGUGACCAUUUUGCCUGGUACGGGACUGUGAGGACCAGCUCCUGUUGCUGGAUUGUGCUGUUGUUUGUUGAGGAAUGAACUGAUCACAGAUCCCAAGAAAAGAGGAACGAGGUUCUAGCUAUCGGUCCUUUCAACUAGCAAGAAUAAUCUGUUGGUAUGGCUGAGAGGGCGCUGGAGCAGGUCGCCGUGAGCAUCCCCAUGGAAGAAACCAAGCACCAUGGGGGGGCACCGCAGGAGGGCCCUCUGAUCAUCCACUUGAAAAAGGUGGAGAACCACAUCACCGACGCCCAGAGAUUCUCCCACCUCCCUCGUCGCUCUGCCGUGGACCUGGAGUUCACCGAGCUGUCCUACACCAUCCGCGAGGGCCCCUGCUGGCGGAGGAGAGGUUACAAAGCUCUGCUCAAAUGUCUGUCUGGGAGAUUCUGCAACAGAGAGCUCAUUGGGAUCAUGGGCCCCUCUGGGGCUGGGAAGUCCACUUUGAUGAACAUCCUGGCUGGGUACAGAGAGACAGGCAUGAAGGGGCAGAUCCUGGUGAACGGGCGGCCCAGGGACCUGCGUACCUUCCGGAAGAUGUCCUGCUACAUCAUGCAGGACGACAUGCUGCUGCCACACCUCACUGCCAGGGAGGCCAUGAUGGUCUCCGUCAAUCUGAAGCUGAAUGAGAGCAUGCAGGUGAAGAAGGAGCUUGUAAAUGAGAUCCUGACAGCUCUGGGGCUGCAGGAAUGCGCCCAGACACGCACCAUCUCUCUGUCCGGUGGGCAGUGUAAGAGACUGGCCAUAGCUCUGGAGCUGGUCAACAACCCUCCGGUCAUGUUCUUCGAUGAGCCCACCAGUGGCCUGGACAGCGCGUCCUGCUUCCAGGUGGUGUCCCUCAUGAAGUCACUAGCUCUGGGAGGACGGACCAUCAUUUGCACCAUUCACCAGCCCAGCGCUAAGCUCUUUGAGAUGUUUGACAAGCUCUACAUCCUCAGUCAGGGCCAGUGCAUAUACAAGGGUACUGUCCCUUACCUCAUCCCUUACCUGAAGAACCUGGGCCUUCACUGUCCCACCUACCACAACCCUGCAGACUUCAUCAUCGAGGUAGCCUCGGGGGAGUACGGGGAUUUGAACCCGGUUCUGUUUGAGGCGGUGCAGGGAGGGCUCUGCUCUGAGGAGGGCAAGAAGAACUCCAGAGACAAGAACGACCCCGCCUCCUCCUGUCACUCCCACAGUCACAGCGAAACAGGAACGAUCGAGAAGCACACCUUCGCCACCAGUACUCUGACACAAUUCUGCAUUCUGUUCAAAAGAACCUUCAUUACUAUAUGCAGAGACGUGGUGUUGACCCACCUGAGAGUGAUGUCCCACCUGUGUAUCGGGGUACUGAUUGGCCUGCUCUAUCUCAACAUCGGGAACGACGCCAGCAAGGUCUUCAACAACACUGGUUUCCUCUUCUUCUCCAUGCUCUUCCUCAUGUUUGCAGCCCUAAUGCCCACCGUCCUCACCUUUCCUUUGGAGAUGUCAGUGUUUCUGAGGGAACAUCUCAACUACUGGUACAGUCUCAAGGCCUACUACCUGGCGAAAACAAUGGCUGACAUACCAUUCCAGGUGAUCUGCCCCAUGAUGUACUGCAGUAUAGUAUACUGGAUGACCAACCAGCCUCCCGAGCUGGUUCGCUAUGUGCUGUUCAUGGCCUUGUGCACCUCCACGGCCCUGGUGGCCCAGUCCCUGGGUCUGCUCAUCGGGGCAGCCUCCACCUCCCUGCAGGUGGCCACCUUUGUGGGUCCGGUCACAGCCAUCCCUGUGCUGCUCUUCUCCGGUUUCUUUGUCAAUUUCGACACCAUCCCAAAGUACCUCCAGUGGAGCUCCUACGUGUCAUAUGUCAGGUAUGGCUUUGAGGGCGUGAUCCUGUCCAUAUAUGGGAUGAACCGGAGUGAGCUGGAGUGCCCGGGGCUGGUGUGUAAGUUCCAGAAGCCAGAAGAGGUGCUGCAGCUGCUGGACGUGGAGGGCGCAAAGCUGUACGUGGACUUCAUGGUCCUGGGAGUGUUCUUCCUUGUCCUACGGCUGGCUACCUACCUGGUCCUGCGCUACAAAGUCAAGUCCAUGCGAUAAGAAUGCUGCAGUCUAUGCCCAGUGCAUAGGCACACUCAAACACACACAGAUUCACACAAACACACACGCUAACACACACACACACACACACACGUGAACAUACACAAGUAUGGAUACAUAUUACGUCCAUGUACACCUACACACAUACAUGCAUUCAAAUCGGUGCUGUAUCAUUAUUACAGUACAACUGUUUCAACUGUACUCAAUAGCUUAGAUAAUUAGAGGAGUUUUGUGGAUUUGAUGUGGGAACCGAAUUUGCUACAUUUUGCAGAUCUCUUUUGAUGGUAAAAUGUUUGUAUAAAGGGAAACAUAGUGAAGACCACCACAAAUGUUAAUUUCUCAAUCUGUUCCCAACAGUUGUUCUAAUUUAUCCAAAUCUAGUUUACAGGUAUAUUAUUUCGAUUAAUGUGUCACCUUCUUUAUCAAAGAUAGAAAUACAGUGGGAAUGCACACUACUCUUAACAAACAUCCAGUAUACUAAUACCAAGCCUGUGUCAGUAGCCACAGGGGUCAGAGAUCAGCUGCAGAUGAUCCGGUCCAGGAUUCUCCAGGACUGUUAGGCACUGCCCAUGACUGCUACACUUGCAGUGGACCUUAUUCGAGGGGAAAGCCCUAUAUUGACCUGACAGGAAGGUUCAAACAUGGCUGGGUUGUAAACUGGAUGGAGACAGAGGCCCACAGAAUUGGGAUUGGUCUGGAUUUCUGUCUGUCUCUCUCUCUCUCUCUCUCUCUCUCUCUCUCUCUCUAUUUCUCUCUCUGUUUGGCUACCUGGAUCAUCAUUGUCAAACUGGUUCCGCAUAACUGGACAGAGGUCUCUGAUGAGCACCCCAGGGACAAACAGCCAGAGGCUCUAUAGGACUGGUGCUCCUAUCGUCAGGGACGUAGCCACUCCAGGAUCUUCACCCCCUUACCCCUACCUCACCCCGCCCCCACCCCUCACCCCCAUCUCCGCCACCCCUGGCCAUCCAAACCCCACUUUGCCUGACAGCUGCCCAUCAAUCGUCAAUUAUACAUGGAUGUACUGUAAGUGUCCUUGAAGACGUCGACUCACUGCGACCACACACGCUAUAUCUCAGAUCUCAGCAGCAGAGGAUGUGGAGGACCAGGAAGUCCCUUUUGUUCUGCCGCUCAGAGCAUCUGUUGAUUUGGAGAACUUGUCAAGCUCUGAACGAGGAAAUAGCAAGGUUCCUCUGAAACUUUGUUUUCUGAUGUGGUAGAGUCUUUUUUGGACAUACAGGAAGACAAUACCAUGCAGGGAGAACUUCUGGAGUGAGUAUUUUCUUUGACGUAAGUGCAAUAGCCAACUCUGUGGUAGAAAGUGUGGUCCAUGUACCUAGUGUCAUUUGACACAGAACCUUGUACUGCUUGUUUCUGCUUGUUAUAUGACCGUUUAGUUUGACUAAAUUGAGCUCGGAAAUUGAUUUUCUUUUUUACUUGCAUUGUUGCAGGAUGACAGACGUGUGUUGUCAAAACUUUUGCUAGAUACUUGAAAUGCUGGCUAGGCAGUUUGUGUGCCUCUGCACUGGAAUGGUCUUUGUUCCUUUUGCUUCGAUGCACAUUAUUUGCACAUAUACCGUAUGCCCUCCACACACACGCAUACACACACACACACACACACACAUAUACCGUAUGCCCUCCACACACACGCAUACACACACACACACACACACAUAUACACACACAUACAAAGAUACAAAGACAAGCAUAUACACUUGAACACAGUAUCACGCUCACACUCUAACAUGCUGUAGAGAACGUUUUCUGUGUCACGAGGCAUCGCAUAUAUUCUUUUCAAGUAAACUUUAGACUAUGCUACUUAGUAAUCCUCAUUAUAAUGCAUAUAAUAGUGUGAGUAUAUAAUCAAUGAUUGUACAGUAAGUAUUCUAUGCUGUAAAGAAAUGUACAUAUGCACACAUUUGAUGUAUGUUUAUUGCUUUUCAUUUAUCUUUUAUUUUAUUUUUGUAUAUUGACGUGAGGAGUGCUGCUUGAAGGUAUAAGUUGUCAGCAACUCGAUGUUGCAUGAAGAUUUUGUGGAAUGAAAUACAAUAUAUUGAAUUAGUGAGCUUAGCAGAAUGAUGAUGUACUUCCUUCCCUGAUACCUACUGUACUUGUAGUACUAAGGGGACAGGGCAACCAGGGGCCUCUCAACAAUAUCUCUCCUUGUGGCCAUGACAUUUUAUAUUUAUACGGGAACCUACUCUCCCUCAACCUAGAUGAACAUUCCAUCAGAACGUUACACAGAUGUCUAAUGCACUAGAUGGUAAAUAGCAUCCUAUGG